AUGGAUCGUCGUUCACGCACUGGACGCGUCGCUAGGCUUGGAUCACCUCAUGAUUGGUGGCGGCAGACUCGUGGCUGUCGGCUUUUGGAUUGCCUAUCGGGCUGGUCCUCGGCGAGCGACAAUGCGGCGGACUUGGGUAAUUUGAUCUGGGAGCGAAUUAUGGUCGGUUCACGUCUGGCUGCUGGUCUGCUCGUCGUUGACUGGUGGCGGGUUUCGUCGGAGUGUCAGGUCUUAUUCUUCUAA